AUGCUGCCGACAUUUCUCCUCUGCGUCUCCUUGUUGUCCCUCACCAUCUUCCCUUCCACUUCCCAAGCCACCGUCCCUCCCUCCGGCCGAUUCUCCUUCGUCAAUGAAGGCGAUUUCGGCGACUACAUCGUCGAGUACGACGCGAACUACCGCGUUCUGUCCAUCGCCAGAGCCCCAUUCCAGCUCUGCUUCUACAACACCACCCCAGGGCAGUACACCUUGGCUCUGCGUAUGGGCACCGUGAGAUCAGAAGCCUUGAUGAGAUGGGUUUGGGAGGCCAAUCGUGGCAACCCAGUUGGCGAAAACGCCACUUUCUCCCUCGGCGCCAAUGGAAACCUCGUCCUGGCACAUUCCGACGGCCGAGUCGCCUGGCAAUCCAACACCGCCAACAAGGGCGUGGUUGGGUUCGAGCUCCUCAACAACGGGAACAUGGUCCUGAAAAAUUCCAACGGCGGAUUCGUCUGGCAGAGCUUCGAUUCACCCACCGACACACUCUUGGUGGGCCAGUCGCUUCGACUCGGAGCUGCCACGAAGCUAGUCAGCCGAGCCUCGGCCGAGCAGAACAGGAACGGGGCGUACAGUCUGGUGAUGGAACCCAGGGAUGUGGCGAUGUACUUCACUGGGGCAAACAGUCGAACACCUUAUCGGUACUUCUCAUUCGCCGGCAGGGAACGCUUCUUCAUCCCAGACGGGAGCACCGUACUCAACAUCACUCUGACCCCAACUCUGGGUCUCCAAGCCGAAGUCGCCAACUCCACCAGCGGCGGCGGCGGGUAUGUGUUCAAGAACCCGCGCUUCAACACAACCCUCUCGUACCUCCGCCUGGAAACCGACGGCAAUUUGAGGAUCCACACCUUUAUAAUCGGGACCGAUUCCGAAGGAUCCGAGUUCCAGCGGUGGGAAAUCUCCGUAACCGUGUUCUCCGAAGACGAUCUGUGGGCUCUGGAGACGAAAUGCCAGCUGCCCGGCCGGUGCGGGGAGCUCGGGGUCUGCGAGAACAGCCAGUGCGUCGGCUGCCCGACGCCGAACGGGCUGGCGGGGUGGAGCAGCGAUUGCAGGGCGCCGAAGCUGAGCGGCUGCGGCGGGAAGGUGAAGUACUUUGAAUUGAAAGGGGUGGAUCAUUUUGCGCUGAAGUAUACGAGAGGGGAUGGGCCGGUGAAGCAGCAGAAUUGUGCGGACAAGUGUAGCAAGGAUUGCAAGUGUUUGGGUUACUUUUACCAUACGGAUUCGUCGCAGUGCUGGAUUGCGGAGGAGCUGAAGACGAUGACCAGAGUUGGGAAUUCGACCCAUUUGGCUUAUAUCAAGACGCCGGCGCAGUAA